UGUGGGUUCAUAGUGAGUACUUGUUUGAUUAAUUAAUCACAUAUAUAGCUAGAAUGGAAAUCAAGAGAGAUGAGAUAGAGCUUUUUGAGAUGCAGAGAAUGCAGAGGCUUCGGAAAGCAGCCUUGGAAGGGAGUGUGAACUCCUUGCACGGAUUGCUUGAAGAGGACGAGCUCAUUCUCCAUAGAGCCAGUGUGGCUUGUCCCACUGAAACUGCUCUGCACAUAGCAUCUGUGCUGGGUCACGUCGAUUUCGGUAGAGAGCUUCUCUGCUGCGAGCCUCGGCUUGCUACCCAGCCUGACAUCCGACGGCGACAAACACCCCUUCACUUGGCCUCCGCAAAUGGGCAUCUUCAGCUUGUAAGAGWGCUGCUCAUUGCCAAUCCAGAAGUUUGUYUUGCUCGGGAUCGGGAUGGCAACACCCCUCUCCAUCUGGCAGCGAUUCAGGGCCGAGUGGAGGUGGUAAAAGAGCUGGUUCGGAUGAGACCCCAAGCGACCCGGAUGCUUGUGGAUCGUCGGCAGACCAUCCUGCACCUCUGCGUCAAGCAUGAUCGCUUGGAAGCCCUAAAGCUGUUGGUGAACUCAACUGGUGAUGAUUAUGAGUUCGUGAACUCCGAAGAUGAUGAUGGCAACACAAUCCUGCAUCUUGCAGUCGCUGAUCGGCAGAUUGAUGUAAGACUUUCAUGCUUCCCUAACUUUGUCACAUCAAUGGCUUUAACUUACUUGUUUUCGAUAUUAGCCUUGACACCACGUACUGUGUUAAAAGAACUGGACCGUCAAUUGAUAAUAGCAGUGAGCACAUGGUUGGGCCUGAUGACCUUGCUCGUUCUUAGCCAUAGCAUUCGCUUAACAUACAAGUGGAUGAAAGAGGCGCUUAAGCUGCUGGUGAAUUCAACUGGUGAUCACGAAUUUGUGAACUCCAAAGAUGAUGAUGGCAACACAAUCCUGCAUCUUGCAGCAGCUGAUCGGCAGAUUGAUGUGUGCAAGGAACGAGGGAUCAAAUUAUCUGGAGCCUUAGCCGCUGCUGGAUUGAUUGCCGCACAUUCAUCUAAAGACCUCCUCAAUCACCACCCGGAGAAGUACGCUGUUGUUACUCUCAUUGACUGCCGAAGCCUUUUGGACCCAGUUCUCCAAUAG